UCCGGGUUCUUGUUCGUCCCGCAGCCAGAGUAGAGGGAGGAAAGAUGGCGGCGGCCCAGUCCGACAGAGACAGAGACGCCUCGUCCGCGUUAUGUUCCGAGUUCCUGAGUUUCUCCGCCAAAGACACCGCGGCGCGAUGGCUGGCAGCAGCCGACCUCCAGCAGGAGAUUUACCACCACCUGGCUGCGUACGUACCCAGAAUCCUUUGUGUGGGUCCGAGCGGGGGCAGCAGCCGGGAGGAGCAGAGGGAGGAGCUUGCCUGUCAGCUGCUCCUAUUGGCUCCUCUGGAGUGGCUGCUGCUGGGGGCGGAGCCUGCCGCCGGCCUGGCCGCGCUGCAGGAGAACAACACGCCAUCGCCACUCUGUGGACACGUGUUCAAGGUGGGGGAGCCCACGUACUCCUGCAGGGAGUGUGCAGCUGACCCGACCUGUGUUCUGUGCAUGCAGUGUUUCCUGGGCAGCGUUCACAAAGAGCAUCGAUACAGGAUGACCACAUCAGGAGGUGGGGGUUUCUGUGACUGUGGAGAUGCUGAAGCCUGGAAGAAGGGUCCUUACUGCCAUAAACACACUCCUACAUCCAGCAGCAGAGACUCAGAGGAGGAUCCCGUAGCUCUGCUUCCAGCUGACAUGGUGUCUCGUAGUUCCAGCAUCUUCUCCGUCCUGCUGAGGUACGCUGUGGCCAUGCUGACCUGGGAACAGGAGGACCAGCUCCCUGCAGGGCUGGAGCCCCCGGACAGAGGAGACUCCUACUACUGCAUGCUGUUUAACGAUGAAGUCCACACCUAUGAGCAGGUGAUCUACACGCUGCAGAAAGCCGUCAACUGCAGCCAGAAGGAAGCCGUCAGCUUCGCCACGACUGUGGACAGAGACGGCAGGAAGUCGGUUCGAUACGGAGAUUUCCAGUUCUGUGACCAGGCCAAGUCUGUUAUAGUGAGGAACACCAGCCGGCAGUCGAAGCCUCUCCGCGUCCACGUGAUGCACUCGUCGGUUGUUGCUCAUCAGUGUUUUGCUCUGAAGGCUCUCAGCUGGUUGGGACAGAUCAUCCAGUACUCUGACGGGCUGAGGAGGAUUCUGUGUCAGGUCGGCCUGCAGAAAGAAGAAGGAGAAUAUUCCUCAUUGGUUGACAAGCUGAUGCUCAACGACUCCAAGAUGUGGAAAGGAGCGAGGAACAUCUACCACCAGCUGCUGAUGAACAGCCUCCUCAUGGACCUCAAAUACAAGAAGAUCUUCGCCAUCCAGUUCGCAAAGAACUACAGACGCCUCCAGACAGACUUCAUGGAGGACGACCACGAGAGAGUGGUGUCAGUGACCUCGCUGUCUGUUCAACUCUUCACCGUCCCAACCAUGGCCCGGAUGCUGAUGGUUGAGGAGGACCUGAUGACGACCAUCAUCAGGACGUUUGUGGAUCACCUCCGCCACCGAGACCUGCAGGGACGCUUCCAGUUCGACCGCUACACCGCCCAGCAGGCCUUCAAGUUCGGACGUGUGCAGAGCCUCAUCGGAGACCUCAAGUACGUUCUGAUCAGUCGUCCCUCUGAGUGGAGCGAUCAGCUCAGAGUGAAGUUUCUAGAAGGUCUGGAUGCUUUUUUGGAGCUGCUCAAGUGUAUGCAGGGUAUGGACCCAGUGGUGAGACAGGUGGGGCAGCACAUAGAGAUGGAGCCGGAGUGGGAAGCAGCGUUCACCAUGCAGAUGAAACUCACUCACAUCAUCUCCAUGAUCCAGGAGUGGUGCUCCUCUGAUGAGCGCGUCCUGAUCGAGGCCUACAGGAAGUGUCUGAGUGCGCUCAGUGUGUGUCACAGCGGGCUCCCAGACGGAGAGCAGCCAAUCAGCUUGAGUCUGGCCGGUCACUGUGUGGAGACCUUUAGGUACCAGGUGUCUCAGGACAAAGUGUCUAUCCACCUGCCCGUCUGCAGACUGCUGGCAGGUCUCCAUGUUCUGCUCAGCCGGACAGACGUCGCUAACCGUUUCCCUGAACAGCUUCCUCUGGGGGAACUCAGCCCCCCCCUCCUGAUCGAGCUCCCCCUGCGCUGUCUGGUGCUCUGUGCCCAGGUGCAUGCUGGGAUGUGGAGGAGGAACGGCUUCUCGCUGAUCAACCAGAUUUAUUAUUAUCACAACGUCAAGUGUCGAGUGGAGAUGUUUGAUAAGGACAUCAUCAUGCUGCAGGCGGGGGCAUCCAUGAUGGAUCCUAACCACUUCCUGAUGAUCGUUCUCAGUCGGUUUGAACUCUUUCACAUCUUCAGCUCUGCAGACUGCAGGAAGAGAUACAGCGAGGCCAACAAGGAUGUGAUCCAGCAGAACAACACUCUGAUAGAGGAGAUGCUUCACCUCAUCAUCAUGGUCGUCGGUGAGCGGUACGUGUCAGGUGUGGGCCAGGUGGAAGCCUUUGAUGAGGUCAGAAGAGAAAUCAUUCAUCAGCUGUCGAUCCGACCAAUGGCUCACAGCGAGCUGGUGAAGGCUCUGCCUGAGAACGGGAACAAGGAGACUGGUCUGGAGAGAGUCAUCGACACCGUGGCUUCAUUCAAGAAGCCCGGUGUGACGGGCCGAGGGCUGUACGAGCUGCGUCCUGAGUGGAACAGACACUUCAACCUGUACUUCCAUCACUACAGCCGAGCCGACCAAUCAAAGGCUGAGGAGGCUCAGAGGAAGCUGCGGAGACAGAACGGAGAGAACACAGCCCUGCCCCCCCCUCCCCCUCCUCCCCUCUGUCCUCUGUUUGGCAGCCUGGUGAAUCUGCUGCAGUGUGACGUGCUGCUGGCUGUAGAGGGCGCCGUGCUGCAGUGGGCCGUGGAGCCCAGCGGGGGGGGCUGGACCGAGUCCAUGCUGCAGCGGGUGCUCCACCUGGUAGGCGUGGCUCUGCUGGAGGAGCAGCAGCAGCUGGAGAACAGCAGCGGAGAUGACGACGUCACCUUUAACUACACCUGCAAGAUCACACGUCCAGGUGAAGCUCCCAGUACUUCAGGAAGUGUCCUGGCUCUGUUGGAGAGUUUGCAGAACGCUCCACACCUCGAAGUCCACAAAGACAUGAUCACCUGGAUCCUCAAGUUGGUGGCAAACAUCAAAACGAUGAGAGAGAGAACGCCCUCGACCUCCAGCAUCACCGUCUGCCAGGGACAAAGACCAGAGGAGACGGUACGAGACAAAGACAAGGCCGAGAGGAAGAGGAAGGCGGAGAUGGCUCGUCUGCGGAGGGAGAAGAUCAUGGCUCAGAUGUCGGAGAUGCAGAAACAUUUCAUCAACGAAAACAAAGAACUUUUCCAGCAGAGUCUGGAGGAGCUGGAGGCGUCCACGUCUGCCGCUGCAGACAGCAGUCCUCCCAGUGCAGACUCCGGUGGCGUGUCCCAGGUGUGCGUCGGUCCGAAACGUGUGGGCGGAGCCGAGCGCCGGCAGCUGGUCACCUGCAUCCUGUGUCAGGAGGAGCAGGAGGUCAGAGGUCACGGCAGAGCCAUGGUGCUGGCAGCGUUCGUCCAGAGGUCCACCGUGCUGUCCAAAAACCGCCGCCGAAACCUCCCGGACCCAGAGCACCACGACCCUGUGUUCAUGCACCCGGACCUGUCUCUGGGGAUUUACACGGCCAGCUGUGGACACAUCAUGCACGCCACCUGCUGGCAGCGGUACUUUGAGGCGGUGCAGCUGAAGGAGCAGCGGCGACAGCAGCGUCUGCGAGGUCACACCAGCUACGACGUGGAGAACGGAGAGUUCCUGUGUCCGCUGUGUGAAUGUCUGAGCAACACAGUGAUCCCUCUGCUGCCCCAUACACACUCCCCUCACCACAGUGUGGAUCAUCCCUGUCUGGAGGCGUGGCUUAAAACGACCAUUCAGCAGGUUGCAGCGCUGCACUGUGCCCACAGGAAGCAAUCAGACGGUGAAGCAGAGGGGGCGGAGCCUGCUGUUCCUGAAGGAUUCCGAGUCGACUUCACGCCACCGAACCCGUUCUCCAGCAGCGUCAGCGAGAUGAUCACCACCUUCAGCAUGGCGACCUACAAGGUCGGACUGAAGCUGAACCCCAACGAGACAGACCCCAGAGUACCGGUGCUGAGCUGGUCCACCUGCGCCUUCACCAUCCAGAGUAUAGAGCGCCUCCUGAUGGACGAGGAGAAGCCGUUGUUUGGAAGUUUACCGUGCCGACAGGACGACUGUCUGAGCUCUCUCGCCAGAUUCAGUUCAGCCUGUUGGACUGCAGCUCCACCAACAACAACACACACACACUUCAUCAGGCUGCUCGCAGCCCUGGUUCCAGACUCUCAGGUAGAAACCCCUCCCUGUAUCCUGGACAUCGACAUGUUCCACCUGCUGGUUUACAGCGUGAUGUCGUACGGCUCGGUUCACAGUCUGGACCAAUCAGGACGCAGAGCUGUAGACUCCGCCCACCUCCACCUGCUUCACCUGGUCACUGUGGCUCACCUGGUUCAGAUCCUGCUCACCUCCACCACAGAGGAGGUGUGUAUGGAUCAUGAUGGAGGGGAAUCAGAGGAGGAGGAGCUAACCUGUCAGCUCUACAACACGCUGAGGAAACACCUGGGCAGCGUGUUACCUGAGAUUAAUAUGAUUAUAUAUUUCAGCGUGUUACCUGAGGUGACGUCCGGCUGGCAGCUGUUUCGUUGUGUUAAAGCCGGCGUCCUGCCGUUCCUCCGAGCCGCUGCUCUCUUCUUCCACUACCUGAACUCUACAGCACCACCUGCUGACCUGCUGGUGUCUGGUCCCGGUCAGUGGGAGGCGCUGCUCAGCUUCCUCAGUCUGCCCUCCAACCUGCUCCAGCUGUACCACGGUCAACACACCCUGCUGGAGCCACUCAUACACAGGUGGUGUUGUCAUCCAGGUGUGCGGCAGACGCUGCAGGGGGGCGGAGUCCUGGUCAAGUUCCCCAGAGAGUCCAACCGGCUGAUCGAGCUGCCGGAAGAUUACAGCGUGCUGAUCAACCAGGCAUCCAGCUUCACGUGUCCCCGGUCAGGUGGAGAUAAGUCCCGGGCCCCCACCCUGUGUCUGGUGUGCGGCUGCAUGCUGUGUUCUCAGAGUUACUGCUGUCAGACGGAGCUGGACGGAGAAGACGUGGGGGCCUGCACCGCCCACACCUCCACCUGUGGAGCCGGCCUCGGCCUCUUCCUCAGGGUCAGAGAGAGUCAGGUGUUGUUUGUAGCAGGUAAAACAAAGGGCUGUUUCUAUCCUCCUCCGUACCUCGACGACUACGGAGAGACAGACCAGGGCCUCAAGCGGGGGAACCCCCUCCACCUGUGUGCCGAGCGCUACAGGAAGAUCCAGCGUCUGUGGCGGCAGCACGGCAUCGCUGAGGUCAUCGGCCACGCUCAGGAGGCCAAUCAGACGCUGGUUGCCAUCGACUGGCAGCACCUGUGAUGCUGGGCCCGCCCCCCUCGGCCUCUCGGCCAAUCAGCUUCCUGCAGCCCGGCGCUGAGCUCAGACCAGCUUUCAGGGAUUCUUUCAGGACGUUUUGGUUUCUCCACCAAUCACAGAGAGGGACUAACUCUAACUCCGCCCUCUCACACACUCACAGGAAGUUAGAAAGUUUAUUUUGGAUUUUUUUUAAUUAGAUUUGGACCUUUUAGUUUGUGACUUUAUUGUGAAAGGGUAAACGUCUUUAACAGGAAACCAAAGUGAAGCCCCGCCCACCUGGCGCCUGCGUUUCAUCAUCUCUGAUCUCUGUUAGAGGGGAUACAGCUACGGCAGGAAGCUACGCUAAAUCUCCCAAAAUCUGAGCUAAUAUAAUAACAUAUGUUUCAUUACCCUAACCGGUGGUUUUGGGGUCGUUGCCGUGGCAGUUUCCCUUCUAGAGUUAAUCGUGAUUGUGUUGCAUGAUGGGAAAUAGUAGCCUUGGACACGUUCAAUCUCUGAACACUUCAGGUUACUUCACUGUCUCUGAAAACAAUUCGAAAACACACACUCCGUCUGAUCUCAGUUCACUGUCAGAUUCUGGCCGCCCCGCCACGGCAACAGCAGCUGAGGAUCAUGGGUAAUGUAGUGUGUAUCAGAGGCAGAGACAAAGUGUAGAUGAUGAAACCGUUCAGAACUUCAUUUAAAAGAAACGCAGCUAGAACCGAAAGGCUUUUAUUUUGAAAUAUGAUUUUUUUUUUCGGCAACAGAUUCCCAGAAUGCAGUGCUUCGGCAUCCUGAAUGAUCAGAGACAGGAAUAUUAACAAUAACAUAUCAGAUCAGAGGUUUAUUUUAAGAGGCUUCGUCUUCUCUGGUUUGUUUUUCGGCGAGCUGUGUGAUGUCACUUCCUGUUGAAAUGAGUUGAAUAUUGUUUUUUUAUGCGUUUGUGCUGAAAAGUGACGAGAGAGUCGGCCGGAAACAGGAAACCUCCGUUUAUUUAUUUAUUUAUUAGUUUGAUAUAAAAGUCGGAUUUAGUUGCUUCUUCACGUUUUCAGCGAUGGCGUUGGCAGCAUUGCGUUGGCAGAGUUGGCGGCGUUGGCAGCGAUGGCGUUGGCAGCGUUGGCGUUGGCAGCGUUGGCGUUGGCAGCAUGGCGCCUUUCAUUUAUCACAUGGGACGUGUUAAUAUGUGAAUUCUUGUAUAAACGAAUACGUGUACAAUAUUGUAACAAAACCAAUAAAAACUUUAAAAGGA